AUGGCUUUUUCUAGGCCUCCUGAUAUCAACAUUGAAGCCGAACACUGUCCUGAAGCUGUGCAUGAAUGGUAUAGGCUCACAUCGCUGCCAGAUUACAAGCGCCAAUGCGCCUUAAGCAGGGACUUGUCCCUCAAAGCCAAGAAGCAUCUUGUUUUUCUGGGUUGGAAAUUUUGGUAUGUCAAUAAGCAAGGAAGGUGGGAACUGCGUUAUACAUCACCCAUCACCGGUAAGAAUUACAUCUCUCUAACAAGGGCAUGCCAAGGUUGCAUACAGGAGGGAGGGUGCAACCUUCAAGAAAACACUUUUGUUCAUCAGCAACACUCUUUGUCUUCUGCACCAGAUAAGAAGAUAAAGAAACCAAGAAAAUCCAAGAAAAGGAAGGUGCUGUCAAGGGGGUUAAAGAAAAGGCAUAAGGCUGAUACUGAUGAUGAUGAUGAUGAUGAGUCAUUGGAUGGUGACGAGAAAGCUGAGGAGGAGUUAGCAGAAGCCUCUAAUCUUGCAUGUGGAAGAGGUAAGAGUUUAAGAUCGAUGAUGCGAGGCGGUGCUUUGCCACAAAGUUCAGAAUCUUCACAACACAAUCAUGGAACACUUAUCCCUUGGUUAAUUGAUAGCAACGUGGUGCCUUUGCAUUCCGCGGUUUUAUGCCGUGGUGCAAAUAACGUGGUGAAGAAAGGGAAGCUAUGUCGUGAGGGCAUUGUUUGUGAUUGCUGUGGUGAGUUGUUCUCUCCUACUCGCUUUGAGGCUCAUGCUAGGUGUUACAAGCAUAAACCAUCUGCUAGCAUUUUCUUGUUAGAUGGAAGAUCGUUGUUGGAUAUCCAAAAGGAAGCCUCGAGUUCACAGAAAAAGGAGGUGGGUUGUUUAGAAGAAGAAAGGGAUCACCGUCAGUGCCAGUUUCAAAAUGAAAAUAUUUGUUUCGUUUGUCGUUUUGGUGGUGACAUAGUGUUAUGUGAUGGCUGCCCUUCUUCUUUCCAUCUUAGUUGUUUAGGGUUAGACCACGUUCCUGAUGGAGAUUGGUUUUGUCCCGCGUGUUCUUGCAAAAUAUGCAAACAAUUUAGGUAUGCCAAGGAUUGUGGUGAUAGUAGUGUUUUAGUUUGUUUUCAAUGUGAGCGAAAACACCACAUUGGCUGCUUAAAAGAACAAAGCUUUACUCAUACGGAUGGUUGGUUCUGCAGUGAAACUUGUGGGAAGAUAUUUAUCGGUCUUCAGAAGUUAAUGGGGAAAAGGAUUCCAAUCGGUGCCAAUAAUCUAACAUGGACAUUGUUGAAGUCUGCUAAAAGUGGUAGAUGUGGAGAAUCUGAACUUUCUUGGGACGAGGAUGGAAGUUUGAGUCAAAAUGAAAGGAAGCUAAGUCUGGCUCUCAGUGUAUUGCAUGAGUCAUUUGACCGAGUUAUUGAUGCUUUCUUUGGGACAGAUAUGAUAGAAGAUGUUGUUUUCAGCAGAGGUUCGGAGCUCAAUCGUUUGAACUGUCAUGGUUUCUAUACUGUAGUAUUGGAGAAGAAUGAGGAAGUGAUUUCUGUUGCAACAAUAAGGGUUUUUGGCAAGAGGGUUGCAGAAAUUCCUUUUGUGGCUACUAGGAUGCAGUUUAGGAGACAGGGAAUGUGUGGCAUCAUGAUGAAUGAGAUUGAGAAGCAGUUGACUCUCUUGGGAGUAGAGGAGAUUGUUUUGCCUUCUGCACAGGAAGCAAUAGAUACUUGGACAAAGACCUUUGGCUUUGCAAGAAUGACACUUUCAGUUAAGUCUCAGUUUCUUGAUCAUGUUUUUCUUGACUUCAAAGAUAUCAUUAUGUGUCACAAAGUAUUGGUGAAACAAUUUGUUACAUGA